AUGGAUGAUGCUGUGUUUGGGCUUUAUGUAGAUAAGCUCAGCGACACUGCUAAAUUGUUUAAGACACCUGGAAAGAAUAUCCGCGCUAUUGAUGAAUCGAUUAGCACCGUCAAACUGCCCUGUUGGGAAGAUAACGUGGAUCUCAGGCGUGCCUAUCGGGAACUACUUUUGACCACUCCUGGAGCUCUCUGCUCACUUAUUGGAGUCGUUCUUUCGGAGGAAGCUCUCCAUCAGAAGACCGCGGAUGGCAAACCUUUCACGGAUGUCCUUAAGGAAAAUGAAGUACUUGUUGGCAUCAUGAUUAGGGGCAACCCGGUCGCUUGGCGUGGUCCUGAUGGCCACACUCAGAAAUUCCAGCAACACCGUGCAGCCGGGGCUCACUUUGCCGUGUGGGGUGAUGGGCCUGUCAUCGAUGCAAGUGAGCCAUCUGAGACUACUAUCCGCAAGCAGGCAAAGGAACUGGCGUCGUUCGCUACUUACUGCCAGAGGGCGGUCUCGUUCCCAUUGUGGAAUCCUGUUGAUGCUUGGGAUAGCCCCCAGGCUGAUCCGCGGGACAUUGCUCGAGACACCCUCAAUGUCCUGCGGAAAACUGUGCCUCCUGCCAUUCCGGUCAUCGUGUUCUUGUCCAGUGGACAGAGUGAGAACGAGGCUGUCAUUACCAUGAACAAUCUCAAGGUCAGCAAGGUCAGCAAGCCAUGGAGCCUCUCCUCCUUUUUGGUCCGCCACCACAACAGAGAACCUUGA